UAAGAGGCAAACUGCUCUACCAGCGCCUCUAAACGUACUAGAGGAAGGAAAAAUAAAUCACUAAACACUUCAGGACAAGCUGUUGUUGGAAAAUAAUUAACUUUAGUCUGGUAGCAGUAACUCUGCUUUCCUAUAAACACAUGCCCCAAGUAUUUAUAUCCUUACUAAUUAACUGCUGAAUGAGUGGCGGUCUGUGUCUACACUCCUUUAUAUCUCAGUAGUAGGUCCAUCAGAGGUCAGUGCUAUGGAAGUAUAUAAUAUAACAUAACGCUGUGUAGACUCACUAGAUUGUGUUUAUUACAAGUUAGUUGUAAAUCAGGUUAUUAAUACAGACUUAAAAUGAACAUCACUAAGUUUUGCAUUACAUAUAAGAGUAGACGUAAACCACUUUAGCUGAAUGGGGUGAGAUGUGGUUGGGUGAAAAGACUGUGUGGUUUACUGUGUCUGCUUUCUUCCUUUUGUUAGAACAAAUCACAUGAUAUAUAUUUUGGGGCGUGCUCAGUCCAGACCAGCUGUAGUAUAAAUUAAACACUUGCUUCUGGCACGUUCAUAAUCUGUUGAUAAGUGAGACACAUAAAUACAUUUAAAAUGACUGGAUUCUGGUUUUCAGUGAUGGUCUUUAGCACGAUGUGCCAGUCUGGUAGACUCUGGGUUACUGCACAAUGCCCAGCUCUAGAUGUUUAUCAGUCUGAUGAAAAGCUCAGUGUGGAUAUCGGUAACUCGGCUACUCUCCAGUGUUGUGUUUUCGGGAUAGACGAUGAAGAAAUGAUCUGGUUUAAGCAACAAAACAGAAAACAGCCUCAGAUUAUAGUCAGAUUCUUUAAAACUGCUCGGGAAACGUUUUACAAUGAAUUCCAAAAUCCUCGUUUCCGAAUAAAAAAACAUGGAAACUGCUUCAAUAUGACCAUUUCAAACACCACGAUGUCUGAUGAAGCCACGUACUACUGUGCACUCGUGUUUGCAGACGGGACUUAUUUAAAAAUUAAAGGUGAGCAUGUUACCACUGCAUCAGAAACAUCUAAACCAGCUCUGUGUGAUAAAACACUGCAUGGUAAAGUCACGAACACACAAGAGAAGACAGUGCUCGGUUUAGGAACGGCUUUGGGUUUGUGCGCACUUCUGAUUUUCUGUCUCACUUAUUUCAUACUGAGGAGAAGAAAAUGUGAUAAAAUGAAUGCUUCAGUAGAAGAUUCUUCAAUAACGAUGGAGAAAUCUCAUGUUGACUCUUUGACUUAUGCUGCCUUGAGAUUUUCCAAGAAGGGAAGUGAAGUUUGCUUAUCAGAGAAGUUGGUGUACACUGAAGUGAUGUAUGAGAAACUGUAAUAUAUUACGCAACUGGUUCUUCCUCUUCUUCUUCUUCUCCUUCUUCUUCUUCGGAUUAUUAUUAUUAUUAUUAUUAUUAUUAUUAUUAUUAUUAUUGUUGUUGUUGUUGUUUUGUUGUUGUUUUUGUUAUUAUUAUUAUUAUUAUUAUUAUUAUUAUUAUUAUUAGACCUUCAAAAUUAUUACUUUCAAUCAAAUAAUAAUUAAAAAAAACCACACAAAUCUAUGUAUGAUUUCAACCACUUUGCAAAUUAAAUAAAAGUGAUAUACCCUUGCUGUGUUUAGUACAGAUUUUUUGUGGCCCAAUUUUAAGUCUGUAUUUUGCAGAAGGUACAAUAAAUGUGAAAAAUAAAAUAAAAUAAAAUGUCAAACUCACAUUGAAAUGAUGUCUAAAUAUUGUAGAUAGAUAGAUAGAUAGAUAGAUAGAUAGAUAGAUAGAACUAUAUUUCUUGAUAUGAGUUCAUAUUUUACAAUAAAUGUACUCAAUUUUUGUUAUUGUUGUUGUUUGGUUGUUUGUUUCUUUCCAUUCUUGUGUCUAGUGUCAGUGACAUUAUCACAGUACUUAAAGUCCCCAUGAAAUCAAAAUGAAAGUUUUGUGGCUUUUAGUGUGAAUAUGUUAACUUUUAGGUUAUCUGUAAGUUAGUGUGUUCCAAAAUAAUAAAUUUAGAAGAUAUAUACAUUCAACAUUUACAGUCUCUCUCUCCACCAAUAUGGAUCAACAAUUUUGAUGACAUCAUUCUGCAAUUAAGCUUUUCAUCAGAUUUUCUGUUCAAUCAAAUGCUCUCUAGAAAUCUGAAGUGUCCCGCCACUAACAGCUGUAGGUUUCCUGGCUGUGAAGUAAGCUAACCACUAUUGUCUAUUUAAAAAGUGGGAGGAGUUACUUGAUAGUUAC